UUCAUCAUCUUCUUAAGCUUCUUUUCUUCUUUUCCUUUUGCAGGGUCACUCAAAGGGUCAUCUCUCAACACUCCCUCUUGAGCCUUUGAGUUGAUUCCCUGAUUCCAACUUAGGGUUUUGAAUUUUGACAUCCUUGGUUCUACUUUCUGAAUGGACUUACUCUUCAGGACAUCUGCGUAGCUUCUGGGUUCAUUGAUGAGGAGUCGAUGCUUCUUCCACUCUUCUGCGUUGUACAGCAAGAUUCUUUGCUGAGAAUCCUCUGCUUCUUUCAUACUUUUCUUCCUUAUGGCCAGGUAAGUUCUUUUGCUCUUCCUUUCUUGAGCUUUGUCACAUCUCAUCGCCUUUAGCUUUGAACUUUUCAGUUGACUGUGAGGUCUGAUGUUUGAUUCCAAUGCUCUCUAUUUCUUGGAUCAUAUUCCCUUUCCACGCAACCUUCUCAUCAUCCUUGUUGAUCUUCACUUGGGUUCUUCUUGCAUUUCUACCAAUCAUUUCAUUGAUUAGCUUCUGUUCCUUUUCUCUCAGAAAUAAAUUUCUUUUUCCUUGAAUUGAAUCUUCCUUGGUUGUCUUCUUGUUCCAAUUGAUUCUUGAACCUUCAUCAUCUGUUCCUUUUACUUCUUCGUCCAUCUUUGAGCUUCUGUACUUUCCUCCUCUGAUCGCUGAUUCCAUGCUUUGAACUAUCUCAGUUGUGAACUCUGCAUACCCUGCUCGGUGAUGGCUUGAUUCACCCUUUUCCAUUAAAACUGCUUUUGCUAUUCCUUUGCUUGUUGGCAUGUGAAUGUGGAAACUUUUCUCAUUCAUUUCCACUUCUGCCACUUUUCUUCCAACUUGAUCAAGAAUGAUGCAACUCUUUCUUCUGAAGUUAACCGCGUAUCCGUUCGAGACCAUCUGAGAAACACUGAGAAGAUUCUUAGUGAUUUUAGAGCUGUUCCAUCACCGACGCGGAUUGGAACUUUAAAGCUGGUAUCAAGUCUUGAGAAUAACUUCUCAUUCGGGGUCAUAUGAUUAGUGCAGCCACUAUCAAUAAGCCAGAUGUUUUCUUCCUCAAGCUUCUGGUCUUCGUGUCUUGCUGAAAACAUUCUCUAGAGAUGUGGCCAAGUUUGCCACAGUUGUAGCAGCUUCUGGUGUCUCUGCUUCUGUUGAAGUCUGGUUUGCUUCUUCCAUUCUUAAAGUUCAGGUUUUUAAACCGAGCAUGAAAAGCUCCUUCUGUUUCUUCUUCAUCAUUAUCUGGGAAGAACUUCUUCUCAUGGGCUUCAAGCGAACUGAUUAGCUCUGCAUAGGUGACCGUUUUCAGGUCCUUUGUUUCUUCCAUCAAUGAUGAUAGAGAUGCAUAACUCUUAGGCAUGGAUGCCAACAUCUUCACCACUAGAUCGAAGUUUGUUUUUCCUUCUCCUAAUGCUCUCAUUUGGUUUGCUACAACUUGAAUCCUAUCAGAGCAUGUUCCAAGAGCUCCCAAGCUUCUUUUGCUGUAGUUGCUGAAAGGAUUUUGUCGAAGAUAGCAUCAGCUACAGCAUGUUGGAUGAUUUGGAGUGCAGCUGUAUCCUUUGUCUUAAGCGACUUCUGACUUGCUGCUUCUUUUGACUUGUCUGCUCCUGUUGUUUCAGGUGAUCUUGAGUUCGGAUCUGGUAUUCCUUGCUUCACUAUCUCCCAAAGCUCCUUGUUCAUCAAUGUCGUCUUCAUUCUGGCUGCCCAGAACUCGUAGUUCUGGCCAUCAAACACAGCUACGGUCUGAGAAGAUUGCAGGCUCCUCAGAUCAAGUAGAGCUCUGAUACUAUGUUGAACUUAUGCCUUCUUGAACUCUCAGAUGACCGGCGACCGAGCUGUUCCCACUCAUGAGACGAACAAAAAUGAGGUUCAGAGGAGGAGCACGAAAGGGAAAGCCGUGGCCGUAGCACGCAAUGGUGGAACAAGCAAGAAACCCUCCGCGAGAUCCGAUGGUGAGCCAGCCGCCAAGCGAGCAAGGAACGCCGAGCUCCCUCCGGUUCCAACCGUUGAACCAAGAAGGAAUGGGAAGCAGGCAGCCACUGAGAACGAUGGAGAUGAGCUGAGAGCCAUAGUUCCCCAUGUACCCGACUAUGCCAAGAAAGCCAAGAAGGAACAAAAGCCCGAGCCCGAGGAAGAACAUUUCCCGACCACUGAGGAGUACUUGGACCACUUUAACUCUAUAAGAGUAGCUCAAGGUCGGUUCCCUGAUAUGGAGCUGUUGAGGAAGCUUGAGAUACUCGAUGAUGUUACACUCAUCUUUCAAAACAUGGGCUUGGCCGAGUUCUUCAUGAUGAGCGAUGUUGCUUACGAGGGGAUCACACAACAGUUUCUUGCCACUUUGGAGGUUGUCAUCUACCCCAAGAGAGAUCCCAAGCGUCUACAUGGCAAAGGAUUCGGACACAUUGAGUUUGACAUAGAAGGCGUGCACUACAAGGUCAGUUUCAAGGAACUUGAUGAGAUAUUUGGAUUUGAAAGGAAUGGAAGCUCGCUUGACAAGUUUGUGUACCCUCGUGAUGAGUUGGCCGCGUUGUGGGAAACGAUAUCUUUCGGGCCUUACUUGGGAGGCAAGAGCAAGACAAGCUGCAUCAGGAACCCUGCGAUCAGAUACACCAACCGGGUCCUGGCCUCUACGUUCUUCUCUACAUACAACCCUGGUGUCAUUCACACGGCAGAGCUUGAACUAUUAGGACUUGGACUUAAGCCGCUCAUCACUCAAAUGAAGAACAAAAAGGAGUUCCAAGGGCCAAUGCAUGUACCGUCUUUAGGAGCGUUCUUUGCGAUCCAAAUGCUCACCUAUAGACACAAUGUGUGGUGUGACCGGAAGAAAAAGGGAGCAAGGAGGCUUCAGAACGGUUGGAUUGUCACUACAAUUUUGAGAGCUCAAGGGUUCCUAUUCCCUGAUUCACCAUCAAGGCCGAAUCUCAUUGAUGAGCAAUACCUAAGUAAAAGCGGUUUCUUUGGAGGCAAGUUAGGGGAUAGAUGGGUUUACAACUUCACGCUGAUGCACAGGGACGGUACACAAGUUCUACUGCCUAACCGAGGCCUCACCAUGCUUGAUAAGCAGUGUAACAUCUCCUUCUAUGUCCUCAAGGAUCAGUUGUACAACCCCUCUCUCGGCCCACCAAUGCGCAAAUGCACCAAGGCCAUACCUAACAAGCCUCAGAACGAGAACGGCCCGGCCGGAUGUGAGAAUGAAGAAGAACGGCACCCUGAGAGAAGGAUGGGAGCAGGCCGAUAUCAUUUUGAUCCAUACGUGUGGGGUGAGCCUGAAUACCACACCAAGAAGCUGUAUUUGCGAGUGAACACUCUCCAAAAGUGGUGUAAGUGGCAAGACAAGACCAUUCAUGCUUUGGUGGACUGUGUAAGGCACCUGAAGAAGAAGGUAAAGCAGCUCACACGGCCAUCUUCUCCGGACAAGAACUCAGCGACCUCGACCGCACCGAUUACACAAGAGGAGGUUGGGGAAAGCUCAAACGCAAGGAACCCGGAGUUUCCACCAGGCAAAGAGGAUUGGAUCGACCCUGCCUCGGCGUUCUUACCUGAACCCUCGGAUAGCAGCCCACCACGUCAAUCCACACCCUCCUGCUCAACAUCAAAUCCCUCGUACUACUUGGGAUCAGACCUCUCCGACUAAAGUAUCGACUUCAAACCCUGUACAUAUGCAUCUUGUGUAUAUCAUUCUGCAUUCGUUUAGU